AUGGGAGAUCCAUUAUCGAUCCUCGCCUCCUCCACCGUCGUACCCUCCGCCGCAGCCGCCUCUCCACGCCGCCGACACCACCACCACCACCACCACCACCACCGUCCUUCUUCUUCCUCCGUCGCCACCACUACUACCACCAAACCCAAGCCUAAGCACACGUCUAAGCCAUUUACUACUACAUCUCCACUUCUAUCCAAUGUCCGGGGGGACAAUCGAGAGAACCCGAGGUACUAUGCUGAACUAGCAUCGAAGCUGGCAGAGGAUGGGAGGUUCGAAGACUUCUUAAUGAUAGCAGAGAUCGUGGUGGUUUCGGGGUUGAAAGGAAAAGAAUUUUUGAGUCUGCUUAAUGCGAAGGCUGUUUCGAGCGGCAUCACGAGAAUGCUUGAUGAUGGAAAGGUCAAGAGUGUUGUGGAGGUGAUUUUGAGUGGUUUUAUGAAGCUCGCGAUUGAUCCGAUUCAGCUCUUCGAUGGAGCUGCAAUGGAGGCGCUGAAGAAAGAGUGUUACCGGGUAAUGAAAUUCGGUGAAGUCGAGCAAACUGUGAGCUUAUUGGAUACGCUUCAUGGAUUUCAUUUUCCAAUUAGAGAAUUGGUGGAGCCAUCUGAUAUCAUAAAGCUUUGCAUCAGCAAAAGGAACCCAACUGCAGCCAUAAGGUAUGCAUGUAUGUUUCCCCAUGUUCAAAUAUUGAUCUGUACCAUAAUACUUGAAUUUGGGAAGAAAGGGGACUUGGUGUCUGCUCUCAUUGCCUUUGAAGCAUCCAAGCAGAGCUUGGGUUGUCCAAAUAUGCAUGUCUACCGCACAAUAAUAGAUGUUUGUGGACUUUGUGGCAACUACUUGAAGUCUAGGACCAUUUAUGAGGAAUUACUUGCCUGCAAGGUCAUCCCGAACACCCACGUUUUCAACAGUCUCAUGAAUGUAAAUGCCUGUGAUUUGAACUACACUCUGAAUAUCUACAAGAAAAUGCAAGAACUUAGUGUGACGCAUGAUAUUGCAUCUUACAACAUCCUUUUGAAGUCGUGCUGCCUUGCUGCAAACGUUGAUCUUGCCCAAGACAUUUACAGGGAGGUGCAGUGUUUAGAGUCAAAAGGAGCAUUGAAGUUGGAUGUCUUUACAUAUAGCACAAUGAUCAAGGUCUUUGCAGAUGCCAAAAUGUGGAAACCAGCACUGGAAAUCAAAGAAGAUAUGCUGUCAGCUGGUGUUACUCCUAAUACAGUUACUUGGUCAUCAUUGAUCAGUGCAUGUGCAAGUGCAGGUCUUGUAGACCAAGCACUUAAAUUGUUGGAUGAAAUGCUUCAAGAUGGUGGCAAACCUAAUACACAGUGUUUCAACAACAUUCUUCAUGCUUGCGUCGAGGCUUGCCAAUAUGAUCGGGCAUUUCGACUAUUUCAAUCCUGGAAAGGAGGCAAUGCUGCAAAAGAUGUAGUUUCUGAACUAACAAGUCAAAUUUGCACCACUUCUAGAUCAUUUGGUUUGUCCAGCUCAUGCCAGUCACAGUUAACCAUGAAGGUCCCAUUUAGACCCACGACAUCAACGUAUAAUAUUUUGAUGAAAGCUUGUGGCGCUGAUUACUACCGUGCCAAACAUUUGAUGGAUGAGAUGAAAACUCUAGGUCUCUCUCCUAAUCACAUAAGCUGGUCAAUUUUGAUAGAUAUUUGCGGAAGUUCAGGGAAUGUAGAGAGUGCUAUGAAGAUCUUGAGAUCCAUGCGUGAGGGGGGUAUUCAGCCUGAUGUGGUUACAUAUACUACAGCUAUUAAGGUCUGUGUGGAACAUAAAGAUAUGAAGCUUGCAUUUUCAUUGUUUGCAGAAAUGAAAAAGUAUCAAAUAAGACCAAAUUUGGUGACUUACAACACGCUUCUUAGAGCUCGAAGGAGAUAUGGUUCAUUGCAGGAAGUACAAAAAUGCCUUGCUGUAUAUCAAGAUAUGCGGAAAGCAGGGUACAAACCCAAUGAUUAUUAUCUCAAGCAACUGAUUGAGGAGUGGUGUGAAGGUGUCAUACAAGAUAGCAGCCACAAUAAAGGUCGAUUUACUUCCCGUAGAACUGAAUUUGGGCCUCACAGUCUGCUGCUGGAGAAAGUCGCAGAACACUUACAAGAGAGCAACGUUGAACGCUUAUCCAUUGAUCUCCAGGGUCUCACAAAGGUAGAAGCACGGAUUGUUGUUCUUGCAGUUUUGCGUAUGAUCAAAGAGAAGUACUCAACAGGAGAUUCAAUAAAAGAUGAUAUGCUGAUCAUAUUAAGCGUCCAGGAACUAAGUGCAUGUGUAGGCAAAGAUGAGAUUGGAGUCAAAGAAGCUGUUAUUAAACUCUUGCAGUAUGAUUUAGGGCUUCAAGUAAUUUCAGGAGGAUCCAGAAUUGGAAAUAAUAAAAAGAGUGAUGUAGAAAACCCUGUCGGUUCAAAUUUGAAACUAGAAGAUCUCAAAAGAAGUGGCCCGUCUCCACAAUUGGAAUCUCCUACUAGAAGACCUGUAGUUCUACAAAGGCUAAUGAUAACCAAGGAAUCAUUGUGUCAUUGGUUGCAAAGGAAGAUGGCAGCAACAAUAAAUUGA